GUAGUGAAUGCGGUUAGCCCAGGAGGCUAACCCAACCCACCACCAGGGUCAUUCCCGCCUACUAGGGUUGUUGGGACCGCUUGCCCUCCAGCUUCCUCCUUCACCAGAUUUUCAACUACUCAUGUUACAAACAAACCAUUGGAGCACAGAGUUGAGGAAAAGACUUAAACCAGAUUUUUCUUCAGUCAGUUAAAAAUAUGGAUCCUGAAUCAGAGGAACCACAGAUUAUCAAAGUGACACCUCUUCAACAAAUGUUUGCCUCCUGUACUGGAGCUAUUCUGACAUCACUAAUGGUGACUCCUCUAGAUGUUGUUAAAAUUCGACUCCAAGCCCAAAGCAACCCAUUCUCCAAAGGAAAAUGUUUUGUAUAUAGUAAUGGACUUAUGGAUCAUCUAUGUGUUUGUGAAGAGGAAGGCAACAAAGCAUGGUAUAAGAAGCCAGGACGGUUCCAGGGUACAUUGGAUGCCUUUUUGAAAAUCAUUAGAAAUGAGGGCAUUAAAUCCCUGUGGAGUGGCCUUCCUCCUACUUUAGUGAUGGCAGUUCCUGCCACAGUCAUUUAUUUUACCUGCUAUGAUCAAUUAACUGAUUUUCUGAAAUCAAAAUUAGGAGACAAUGAAAGUCAUAUACCAAUUGUUGCUGGAAUUGUUGCCAGAUUUGGUGCAGUAACUGUGAUAAGUCCAUUAGAAUUGAUUAGAACCAACAUGCAAUCUAAGAAGUUUUCUUACAAAGAGUUGCAUCGAUUUAUCAGCAAGAAAGUGUCUGAAGAUGGCUGGAUUUCCCUUUGGAGGGGCUGGGCUCCUACUGUUCUUAGAGAUGUACCAUUCUCAGCACUGUACUGGUAUAACUAUGAAGUUUUAAAGAAGUGGCUGUGUGCAAAAUCUGGUUUAUAUGAACCAACGUUUAUGAUCCACUUCACUGCAGGGGCGUUGUCUGGUUCUUUUGCAGCUGUUGCAACUUUGCCAUUUGAUGUGGUAAAAACACAAAAACAGACACAACUUUGGAUAUAUGAAUGUCAUAAAAAUUCUGUGCCUUUGCAUAUGUCCACAUGGACUAUCAUGAAGAACAUCGUUGCUGAGAACGGGUUUGCAGGAUUAUUUAUAGGCCUCAUUCCCCGUUUAAUUAAAAUUGCUCCUGCUUGUGCUAUUAUGAUCAGUACCUAUGAAUUUGGGAAGGCUUUUUUCCAGAAGCAAAAUGCUCAAAGACAGCAAUAUUAGUGGUGCUGUUUCAACUUGAAAUAACAACCAAAGCCAAAUAAUAAGUUGGAGACUCUUAGGCAAGAACUCUUUCACCAUUAUCUUAAAAUGAUUUUAUUAUUUUCUAUUUUAUAAUUUAUGAGUAGUAAUUUCUACAUUGCUCUAGAUCAGAAUCUAAUUUAAAAAUAAAUUUUGUUACUCCGAUUUUUGAGAUAUUGAAAAAUGUACUCCAGAAAUCACAGCCAUUAAAUGUUCCUGUAAAGAAAAAUUAUUCCUAGGGGCGCCUGGGUGGCUCAGUCGGUUAAGAAAAAUUAUUCCUUAGCACUGAAAGCAAUAAUCUGAAUUUGAUACUUGAGAACGUGUCAUAUAUAUCAGAACAUUUUGAAUUGUGUGCUGAAUGAUGUAGAGAGUCUAGAAGAAAAAUGCCCAAGUCUUUUAUACACAUCUAAAUCGUGUACAUAUAUGUUUAAGUAUUUCAGCAAAGUACGUAAUAAAUGGCAGUCUUUAACAUUAUUUGCACUUACCAAAUAAUACCUAUUAGAUAUUUUCGUUAAUUUAAAUGCAUUAGUUUUUUUUUUUUUUCCUUCUUCUUUUUUUACUUCCUGUUGCUGUUUUAAGGCUUCACCAGUGUUAGGAUUUCUUCACUGAAAGGUAUGGCUGUUUUGUCUUUAUGAACCAGAAUAUAACUUUAUAUGAUACAGACAAUAUUUUUGAUGAUUAAAGACUCUACUAUUUCUGCAAAAGAAGAGUCAUCUUUACUGGUGGUAUUAAAUGGCACAGUGACUCUUGGCUGUGCAGUGGAAAAGCACAUUACAUUUAGAUUAGUAAAAGUUAUGUUUCAGCCAUCUUGUAAUCAGGUAUCACUGUUUGGGGAGUUCUCUAGGCCACUUGUAUUGCCUGCUUCUAACACAGUUGAGGUUAUUAAUAUAGCAUCAGACAGAAUAUUUCCAAAAUAUCCCUUGAUUUUACAUAUCUUCAUGUUAGUAUGCUAGAUCAAGAGACUGAAGAGGAAGCAGUUUCCUUGAAGAAAUAGCUUCUAGUCACUGAAGGCUAGCACCUCAGUAAUGUUGCUUAUGACUGCACAAAUGAAACAAGGAAGGGCUCUGAGGGCAGGACAAAAAUGAUGUCCUUUUUUUUUUUCCUGUUUGAUUUUUCUCAGGAUCUAUAUAUCCUGUAAGAAAAAGCACUUUAUUACAGUCUACAUGUAUGCUAGGAAAAUGUGAAGUAUUUUUUUCCCCCUAAAAUAGAGUAAUAUGUUCAGGUGACAGACCUCUAGUAUUAGUAAAGGAACUAAUAUACUUUGUAUUAUAGAAAAGAGUUUAUAUAUUUCACCAGAAUAUAUAGGGUGUAUAUAUAAUCAUUUGUGUUUGCUUUAUCUUGUAUUGACUUACCUUAAAAUUGACUUAUCUUGUAAUGGACAUACAUAUCCAUAAAAUCAUAAAUAUUUAUGACUUUGACAUUGUCAUUAAAGUAUUUUGAUUUCUUAAAAGUAUCACUGUGCUUCAAGCUAAAUAUUUUCAUGUAAAAUCAUUAUUUGAAUGCUAUACUUUAUAUAAGAAAGUUUUUAUAUCUUGAACACUGAUGUUUAAACAGUAUUAAAUUUCAAUUUUUCUUGGUUCUGUUAUGCUUCUUUUUGGUAACUGAUUAGUAGAAAAAAGAAAAACUGUAACUUGUAAGAAGCAGUCCGAUACUUCAACUUAAUACCAAAAGGGAUAUUUCCACCCCCACCAUCGCCCAGGACUGUAUGACGGCACAUAUGGAAAAUUCUUACCAUUUAUGAUUAAAAUAAAUAAAUCUAAUUGCCUAGAAACUUUUCUAAUACAUAUUACAUGCAGUGUAUCUGGAUGAAAAGAACAGUGAAAUGAAGUUUUCUCUAUACUUAGGUUGUAGAAGUAGAGAAGCAUUCAUGUUUUAUUUAAAUUGAAAAAAAGAGUAGCAACUAAAAAGUGCUUGGCUGGAAAUUAUAUUCUUUGUAAUGUUUCCAAAAGCAAAUAGUUUCCUUCGAUUUGUUUCUAACAUACACAAUUACUUUCUUGUGUGUGUAAAUUUUUUAAUAAGAAAUUCAAGCAUUACAUGCUUGCUACCUUCCAUAUAAUACACAUUUGACUUUUGUAAAAGUAGGUAUGAAGUUAAAAUAAAUUUUUUUAUUUCUGAGAAAACUAUUCACUAUACGUAUUUAACCACAUAUGACUUCUUUAAAUUCUUCCCUCUUUAUGGAGCACAAGUUCCAGGGAUGUGGGAAAGUUUAGUCUAUCAGUUUUGAAUUUUUUUCCAAAAUGAACUUUUUGAAUAAAUUUUAAUCAACAUUGA